CUCUCGUGUUGACAAACGAGGCACGUAGAGAGGCAAGUCGGCGACAGUACUUGAAAGUUCGGAGAGGUCAAGUGCCACUCCAUGAUCAGGAAUACUUACAGUUUACUCGGCUAUUUUAGCAAACACUUUCAAGUAAGAUCAUACAGUAUGAAGAUCAACGAAGUGGUAAGCUGUCUGAACAACCUGGCACCCACAUCACUUGCAGAGUCUUGGGAUAAUGUGGGGCUGCUGGUGGAACCAUAUACCAGAAGAGACAUUAAGAAGAUGUUGCUCACCAAUGACCUUACGGAAGCAGUGAUGGAUGAGGCAGAGGAGCUUGGUGUAAACUUCAUCCUGUCGUAUCAUCCUCCAUUGUUUAGGCCAAUCAAGAGGAUCACUUACAAUGCUUGGAAGGAACGCAUUGCCGCAAGGUGCCUGGAAAAGGGCAUUGCCGUAUAUUCACCUCACACGUCCUAUGAUGCUUUAAAGGGAGGCGUAAAUGAUUGGCUCAUUGAAGCUUUUGGUGAAGGGUUAGUGAGCCCAAUACAAGCAAGUACAACCUUCCCGUCCUUUAGCCACAAAGUAACUGUUGCUGCAGCUGACGAACCUGAAGCUUUGGAACUAAGGGACAAGUUUGCCAGCCACCUUGACAAGUCUCAGAAUGUUACAAGGUACCUGUGCAUGGGUUUCUACAAGCCAAGACACUCAUCUAAAAUGACUGUCAUAGGAGAUAAAGUGCCUAUUGUUGGUCAUGGAAUGGGAAGAAAAUGCAAGUUGUCGAGGCCAAUGAGCAUAACGGAAGCUGUUGGCAGGAUCAAAGCCCACCUGGGUCUUCCCUAUGUCAGAUUAGCCCUUGCUCAUGGAGCAAAACUAAGUUCAAUGAUUCAGAGCGUUGCAGUAUGCGCUGGUUCAGGAUCAUCAGUGUUGCGUGGUGUCAAAGCAGACCUGUGGUUGACUGGAGAGAUGUCUCAUCAUGAAGUGCUUGAUGCCACUCACCAUAGGUCUUCAGUGGUACUUACAGACCACUCAAACUGUGAGCGUGGAUAUCUCAAGACGCUUCAGCCACGUCUUCAGGACUUGUUUGACCAGAAAAUAGAAGUAAUUGUAUCAAUGAAGGAUAGAGAUCCUCUUGAAGUUGUUUAGGAACUAUGACCUCUUUUUUUUGCUUUUCAAUUUGCUUUUAUCAUUAUAAUCUUCAAGCUUAAAUUUGUCCCGCAUAAAAAGGUGAUUUGACAAUUACCAGUGACCUUUGUAUUGGUUGUAGGGGACUAUAGCAGUCCACAAAAAGAGCUUAAACAUGUGGGGCAUGGUGUAGGCUCAUACAUUUCUUAUGGUUCUGAUUUUGGGUUUUGGGUUUCUGGGAUUUUUCUUUCAGACAGCUCCCUUGUGUGAGAGCUGAUUUAAGAGAAUGUUAAAGCCAAAGUCAAAAGUGUACCAUUUAUUUGGAGAUUGUGAAUCCCAAUUCAUUAAUAAAUUUGAAUAUAUUG